AUGAGAAUAAGUCGUCUAUAUCCUCUCGUUAGAGCACUCAGUUCCAGAAACUAUUGUCGAACAAUGAGCUCGCAACCGCAGUUUUACCCCAAGAAGAUUCAGAGCGCUGUCAACAGCUCAUCGCUCAAGCUGAACCAUACAUGUCUUCGGGUUAAGGAUGCAAGACGCAGUGUAGAAUUCUAUGAGUCCAAGUUUGGCAUGAAACUGCAGGGACACAAGAAAUUCCCGGAUAUGAAAUUUGACUUGUACUUUUUGAGCUUCCCAAAGACUGAUUUGAAGCACAACAAAGAGGGAGACAUCGACGUUUUCCAGGAAUCCGGAAUUUUGGAGCUCACACACAACUACGGAACGGAAAACGAUGCAGAAUUCAAAGUGAACAACGGCAACGAAGAGCCAUACCGUGGAUUUGGCCACAUCUGCUUUUCCGUUGCGGAUAUCGAGAAAACGUGUCAGGACCUCGAAGCCAACGGCGUUGCCUUCAAAAAAAGGCUUGCAGACGGUCGUCAAAAGAACAUUGCCUUUGCAUUGGACCCCGACGGAUACUGGAUUGAGCUUGUAUCUUACGACAGACCCGGCCAGGAAGAAAAAUCAUGCUCUGACGAAGGCUACAAAUUCAACCACACCAUGGUCCGCGUAAAGGACGCUCAGAAGUCACUUGAAUUUUACCAAAACGUGCUCGGAAUGAAACUUAUCGAUACAUCCAAGCACGAAAAUGCCAAAUUCACUUUGUACUUCUUGAGCUACGAUGAAUCGUCGCCCAGAUGGACUCAAGAGGGACUGCUGGAGCUUACUCACAACUGGGGCACCGAAAGCGACCCAGAAUUCAAGUAUCACAAUGGGAACGAGAAGCCUCAAGGUUACGGCCACAUUUGUGUGAGCUGUGAGGACCCGGCUACGCUGUGCAAGGAGAUCGAAGAGCAGUACGGUGAGAAAAUUCAAUGGGGGGUCAAGUUCGACCAGGGAAAGAUGAAAAACUUGGCGUUCAUUAAAGAUCCGGAUGGAUAUUCUAUUGAAGUUGUCCCCUUCGGACUUUGCUGUUAA